UAAAAGACAGCGGACAGUGCCAGGCGAGAAUAACUUAAGAAAGUCGUCUGAUGUAGAGUAGGAUGUUGUUUCUCUACCUACAGGAUUUAAGUUGUAUCUUUUCUUACUUGUUAGCGGUCCCGUGACACGUCAAUCAAUCCGCGAUUUGUGAAGUCUGCUUUCACAACUUCCACAUUUAUUUUUAUGCAAAAGAAUGUCCGCUGUAACAGAUACAAGAUAUCAGACGUUAUAAGGAUCAUACGCAUGAACUUAAAUAGGUCGCAGCCGUAAUGUAUAAAUUGUGUAUUUCGGCGUAAAAAAAUUUGAUUGAGAAAUCUCAACUAUUGAGUGCAAGGAACUUAUUUAUUUCAAACACAUUUUUAGAACAAUAUAUUUGUGUGUUUACCAAAAGAAAUAAACCUCUGUGUUUGACCAAUACAAAUGCCUUUAUCAAGACAAAACAAGGUGUCGCCUUUGUCUACUGACGUGAAGGUUUCCCAACCCAACAACGUUGAUGGUGCCAGCAAGAGUCCCGGAGAUGACCUAGACAAACAGAUUCAGGAGAUACGUGACCUGGCGAGGCCGCUAGCGGUCAAAAGAGAUCUUUAUCACAAACUUUUGAUUCAGUCCCCUGGAAGUUCCACUCUAGCCUCGAGACAAAGAAACUCUGUCAGAGCGAAAACUCGAUUUCUUUACCAGCACUGGAGUAAUGUUCGAUACAGUUUGACACCGUGGGGGAGGUCACUUAAAACUAUCGAAGGAAAACAUGGCGCUGGAGUUGCUUCCUACUUUCAAUUUCUCAGGUGGAUCUUUGGACUGAAUGUGUUGCUGUUCCUUCUGUUUUUCUCUUUUGUUGUUUUACCCAUGGCGAUUGGAGACGAAGUUCCACUGGAUGAAACUGACGGUUUUGGGUUUAAUACUAGCGCUCUCUGCAGCUUGAACUACUCUGUAGAGAUUGGUUCUGGAGUGGAUCAUUUCCUGUCAGCUUUGGACGGCACGGGAUGGCUUGAGAAAACUUUGUUGUUCUAUGGCUACUACUCGGUCCGCGUGACCGUUGACUAUACACUACCAGUGGCCUAUGUGAUGACCGUACUGUGCUGUUUAGUGGUCAGCCUGGUACUCAUGGUCAGAUACACUGCAUGGAGUCUCAAAGAAACAGUUCUGAAGUCUGUCAACAGCAAUAUUGAACAGUUCUCCAAAGUGUACACAGCCUGGGAUUAUACCCUCACCAAUCCAGAGACAGCUUGGAUCAAGAAGGAUGAAAUUUUCAAGGACUUUGAGGCCAUGGCUAACGAAAAGCUCUAUCAAACCAAAAGACAGCAUCGGUUCAGAAGUACAUUGUUUGUGUGCCGGCUCUACCUUGUACGAGGCCUGGUCAACGUCAUGAUAGCUGCAUCUCUUGCAGGAGCGGGCUACCUCAUCUAUUACGUCACGGCCUUUUCUACCGAGUAUGGCCAAGAAAACCAAGUCAGUUCCGGUACCAGCAGCUGGUUACUUCUGCUUGUUAAUUAUCUCCCUUCAAUAACCAUCACCUUUUGCAAUGCUGCUCUACCACUGGCCUAUGAAUUUCUGGUAAAACUAGAGGACUACAGCGGUCAUGUAGUGGUCAAACUAACUCUUAUUAGAACUGUGGUCCUGAGGCUAGCAUCACUUGUAGUUCUGUGCAUCACAAUGUACACACAAAUUAACUGUGGCUCCACAGAUGCUUGUGGUAUCAGCACAACACCUGCCUGCACGCCUAUCAAGUGCUGGGAAACUAGUGUCGAAUCACCUUUAUACACCACAUGUAACAAAACUUUAUACACCACAUGUAACAAAACUUUAUACACCACACGUAACAAAACUUUAUUCACCACAUGUAACAAAACUUUAUACACCACACAAAACAAAACUUUAUACACCACAUGUAACAAAACUUUAUACACCACAUGUAACAAAACUUUAUACACCACAUGUAACAAAACUUUAUACACCACACAAAACAAAACUUUAUACACCACAUGUAACAAAACUUUAUACACCACAUGUAACAAAACUUUAUACACCACACGUAACAAAUCUUUAUACACCACACGUAACAAAACUUUAUACACCACAUGUAACAAAACUUUAUACACCACAUGUAACAAAACUUUAUACACCACACGUAACAAAACUUUGUCCCAUGCUGUUGCCAUUCUCUACUGUUACAGAUUUCUGACCUUCAAAUUUGAUUGGUGGAUAUUACGCAGUAUUGGACCUGCUGAGUUUAACAUACCUUCGAAUGUAAUGGACCUCAUCUAUGGUCAAUGUCUGGUCUGGUUGGGGAUGUUGUUCUCUCCACUGCUGCCUGGCAUUGUGGUGGUCAAGUGUUUCCUUGUGUUCUAUACUAAAAAGUUAUCUGCCCUUGUAGCAUGUCCACCAAUCAAAUCUCCGUAUAGAACUUCUGGCAUCAACAGAUUUUUCAUGUUUGUUCUGAUGUUGGCUUUUACUCUCUGUUCUCUGCCUGUCUUGUACAGUAUCUUCGGGUUUCAUCCUUCCAGAAGUUGUGGCCCUUUCCGUGUUCAGGAUUACAUGCAUGACUGCAUCAAGACAUCAACAUCGACACUGCCAUCAGUACUGUCCAAGUCCUAUAACUUUGUGACAUCCAUCGCAGUUACCGGCAGUAUUAUCAUUAUCUUGCUUGUCAUCAUUUACUACAAAACGUACGUGACGUCAGCGCACAGAGAAAAUGCUCAGUAUUACAAACAGCAACUUAUGAGGAAUGGAAAGUUUUCGAAAGGUUUGGGAUCAAGACCUAACAGAAUCUUGGAAUCAUUUUAACACAAAGAUAAUAAUACAACACAUAACAGUGACCGGUACCGACUAGUUAUUUUUGCUUAUUUAUGUAUUUAUUUAUAUAGAUAUCUUAGAAUAAACUUCUUGAUAUCAAUUUGA